GCGCGGGCGCAUGGGGAGCCGUUGCCGGCCGAGCCCUGGCUGCUUGAGCCGCGGCUGGCGCGGGAACUUCGCUUCGGCGCCCUGGGAGACCGCGCGGAGCGGUCGGAGGUGCUGCGGGAUGGGCGUUGGGUGCUGGGAAUGGGAAGGGAACAGCUGCUUCUCAGCGCCGCCGGCGGCCGCAGAAGUGGAAAAAAGUUGUGCCGGGAACAGCGUCUCCUCGGGAAGCCGGCGCGAGCCCUGCUCUCUGGGCGUCGCUGGCGGGCUUCGGACGGCGGCGCGUGGGUCCCAGGCGCAGCUGGGCGCCGGGUUCCAGCGCGCCUGGCACCGCUCCCUGGGGGCCGCCCCGUGGUCGCCCCUGCUGUCCCUGGUCCGUGGCGUGUGGGUCACUCUGGCCACAGACGUCAGCUGCUUCUCAAAUCUGGACUGCAUUUUUGUGGGCAGCUCAGUGAUUUGGGGUGCGGGCUGGAAGAGGUGGGCGUGGAGUGGGGAAGACCGCAUCUGGGAUGGGCGGCUUGAGCCCACGGGAUGGGCAAAGGACUGGGGAGACUCUGCGUGUGUUUCUGGAUGUUUUUAGGCACACAGUUUUUUGUUUUUUUUUUUUCUUUUCCCUUCCAUUCAGCGGCCCAGUGUUCUUCGAACUUAGAAAAGCAAAGGAUUUUCUUCAAUCCCGUUCGACUUUUCUGUUAUUUCAGGAUGGUCAUGAGUUCCAUGAAAGUCCAUGUGCUUGUUUCAAUGGGAGCAACACCAGAGUAAAGACAAAGUCCUAUCCCCACCCCCUGUCCUCGCCUCCACCCGGGCCAUUUCCUGUAUGUCCCAUUUUCUCUGCUGUGAUUGAGCGAGUGUGUUUGUGCAUGUAGGUUACCAUCGGUGGGUGACCUACGUGGAAAGGAGAACUCUUUGAAAUCGCAACGCGGCCGCUAUGGAAAGUGUGUGCUGGAGCCGAGGGAGGAAAGAUUCGGGCGAGCCAGAGCUGUUAGAGGCUCACCCCAGAGAGGUGAGUUGGGAAGCAGACUCUUGAGUUGACAGCUGGCCUAUGGUUUCUGCAUUUUGUUAAGAAGCACCUCAUGCAAGUGAGGGACCUGGGACUGCUCACAGCCAGGUGGCAUUUUUCUGAAACUGUUGAUUAAGACUUCCCAGCAUUCCUACAGAUAUAAAUAGGUGAGGCCGCAGGCGGUGCUCUGGGUCCGGGAGCGCUGUCCCCAGCAUGAACGCGGCCGGCGGCGGGAGUGAAUGACUGCAGCUGCGACUUCCUUCCCGGGCCGCCCGAGCCUCCUUCCCCACCGACUUUCUUGUUUUGAUUAACUCCGUGGACUCCUGACUCUUUCUUCGCCCGGAACAUCAAUAUGUGUCAUGUCAUUGUCACCUGUCGCUCGAUGCUCUGGACCUUGCUGAGUAUUGUGGUGGCUUUUGCCGAGCUCAUUGCCUUCAUGAGUGCAGACUGGCUGAUCGGGAAAGCGAGGAGCCGCGGCGGGGUGGAGCCGGCGGGCCCGGGCGGGGGCUCCCCGGAGCCCUACCACCCCACCCUGGGCAUCUACGCCCGCUGCAUCCGGAACCCAGGGGUGCAGCACUUCCAGCGGGACACGCUGUGCGGGCCCUACGCCGAGAGCUUCGGCGAGAUCGCCAGCGGCUUCUGGCAGGCCACAGCUAUUUUCCUGGCUGUGGGAAUCUUUAUUCUCUGCAUGGUGGCCUUGGUGUCCGUCUUCACCAUGUGUGUACAGAGCAUCAUGAAGAAAAGCAUCUUCAAUGUCUGUGGGCUGUUGCAAGGAAUUGCAGGUCUAUUCCUUAUCCUCGGUUUGAUACUCUACCCUGCUGGCUGGGGUUGCCAGAAGGCCAUAGACUACUGUGGACACUAUGCAUCUGCCUACAAACCUGGAGACUGCUCCUUGGGCUGGGCCUUUUAUACCGCCAUUGGGGGCACAGUCCUCACUUUCAUCUGUGCUGUCUUCUCUGCACAAGCAGAAAUUGCAACCUCUAGUGACAAAGUACAGGAAGAAAUUGAAGAGGGGAAAAACCUGAUCUGCCUCCUUUAGUUUGGAAGAGACAAUGCCAUUUUCUCCCUUGAGUAAUCUUGUGAAACAGUCCACAGUUUCAUCAUUUGAGUCAAGUGGAGAACUAACCUUUACCUACCAAAGCCACGUUCCACGGCCCGAGGCUUAAACAGGACCAAUGAGAGGCCACAUCCAGCUACGCAAAGUUACUGGACAUGCGGUCUGCAGUGCACAUUAUAAGGAAUGGAACAUGAAAAUAGUAUAUAAUCCUAGACCUGGAGUUGCCAAGUUCUGUCAGACUCCAUCUCCCCCAGGUUCGAUGAAGGAUAAUAAUCUAAAUCAUUAGGGCAGCAGUUUCUCUGGUAACGGAAGAGACCGUCCGCCAGAUCUGCAGGCUGUUUCUGCUCCAACACUGCUUGUUUGUGAGCAUCUCUGCCUCAGAAUGGGGUUUUGGGUUGGAGUUCUUGUUUUCCUCUGUUCUUUCAAGUUGUCUCCAACGAACAGAAAACUUAUAAACUUACUGGGGACAGGAUGUGUGCUAAAGGGCACAGCAAGACACUGUCUUUUGCUUAGCUGACCAAAGGGGUCAGCAGGGAUGGCGUGGAGUCAUGCUGUGGAACUUAUUCUAGGCUGAAUCCUAGGGUAAGGCGGAUCAACUGAACUGUCACUCCAGAGAUUUUAGAAAUUUGAGUAAAGAAACAAUAAGGACCUAUACAAUCAUAUGAGAACAAAAAUAUGAAAUCUUGCUAGUGAAGACGUAUUUUUUCUUCUUCCCAGCAGCCAGGCUAGCACCAGUUCUGGCCCAGUCUCCUCUUCUUCUGGAGAUCACAUGUUUUUCUUCUAAGGUUAGGAUUGUGCUUUGACUGCGAAAGGAAACCUCAUUCUGUUUCCUCCUUCCAGGGACUGAGGUCUCCAAGCUAGCUGUGGCUUAUGCAGAUGUUCACUGGGAGGACCUGCCAGGAUCUCGGCACUUGGGGGGAGACCUUUCCUCCCAGUUUGGUGACCAUGCUGUAGUCAGCUCUAUUUCCAAUCCCGACAGUAGCAGAAUGGCAUUCUACAACAAAAAGAAGCUAGUUAUGGGAGUUAAGUUUUUGUAGUUACUGAUGUUGAUCCUGAAAGCAGACUGAGAUAACAUUAAAUUGCUGCAACUGAAGAACUGCAGCCAAGACCUUAAUUCCAGGAAAGCACAGAGGACAAAGUUAAUUCAAAAAGAGGCGCUAGAUCAAGGUCACAGCACUGCCUACACCUGUUUACAAAAAGAAUCAAAUACCACUAUGAAUAAGGAUUCAGGGGCUUUUAAUCUACUUUCCAUAAAUUACCAAUAUCACUGAUUCAGGAAGAUAGUAUCUCAGAAUGACCAGAGCAGCACAGAAACAAGCUACUCUGACAUUAUGGGAGCUUCAAAAUUGUAUCAUGAUACAGAAACACUCCUUAGCACUUUAAGAAAGUGAGAUGGAACUGCCAGAUUUCUGGAAGGAGAAAAAGUGUAGGUAUUUGGGUUCAUUAAUCUGCUCACUUGAGGACUUUGUUUUGAAAAAGUACCUUCUGUGGACAAGGUAUUGUGUGUUGUGCUACCAGCUAUACAACCCUGACUUCAGACUUUGCAACCUUGCCCUGAGUGAAUCAUGUUAAAGCUGUCUGAGUCUAAAGCACCGUAUCUUGGUGCAGAACAGAUAAUUAUACAGAGAUGGAAUGGGACAACCGCAGUCUUACUACAUUCUGGUGUUCGGCCUAUAUGAGAAACCAUCUUCUCACAGAUUAAGGGCUAAGGGCAAAAGGGGUGGGAGGUGUGGAACUAGCCUUAAUGAGUUUCCCAUUCCUGAACCAAAAUUCAAAGUGAGUGAGAUGUAAAUCCUGUGAUUUUGGUGAAGAAAGAAACGGGUAUCUUCAUAGCAGCCUAGGAAACCUUAACCAUAUCUCUAACACCACACAGAAAGAGGCUGGAGGAGCCACUGGACAAAGCUCCUGUCUCUGUGUGUACAUUUAUAAUGUUCUAACCAAGUCUCAAACCUUGACAAUAAUUUUCAUUAAAAGCAAUCCCAUUCAUCAGACAAAUCUUGAUGAAAAACACAAAAUUUUUCCAUAAACUUAUCAGAAGACUCACUUUUCUUUCUUUCUUGGAUAGAGAAACCAUUUUCUGACACUAGGUUUACAAUCUCAGUGUCCUUACAAGUUAAGUCCUAAGCUCACAGGAUCCUCCGAGCAUGUCCAUCACCUGCUCUUUGGCUAAGGUGGCAGUGUACCUCUAGAUCAACCUGGGAACAGUCACAAGGGAGUGUGACUUCUUGGCCAUAAUAAACUCACUCGAUAGUGUUUGUUAUUAAUCUGAAUGCAACAGAAGACAAAAGCACAGGCAUGCACACACACAGAACCCCAAACCACUAAAAACUACCUAAACACUGACUUAGUAAAUAGUAAAAAGGUAAUGUUGGGACUUUUAAACCUUGAAUCCAUUAGCCAGGCUUGGGAUGAAAGGACCAUCUAAAAUCAUGCUAGUCUAAACCAUGCUCUUCCACACAGCUGUUUAAAAACCACUGGGUAUGAGGAAUAUGCUAGAAAGAAAUGUUAAAAAUAGAUUGUUGGCUCACACUUAUUUUUCUAAUAAAUAGGACCAUUAUUACUACCAGGAAAGUCUUAUUUAUUUUGCCUGAAAUUGGCUUAAAGAAAGUCUCAUGACGGGAUGGGAUGGGCUGCGCUUCUCAAUGAACUCUGAGGCAGAAAUAUUUGCCUUGGAUUCUGUGGAUUCUUUAAACCUGUGUGCUAAUAAUUCAAACAAUGUUGCAUUAAUUGUAUAAGGGUUUUUGUAUAGUUUUCAAACAUCUGUGAUGUAAUGAUCUUUGUUAAACAUAUAUUCUGUAAAGUGCCAUAGUCUUUUUAUGUGUAGCAUAUUUAAAAAUAUAUAUUAUACAUACACAAGUUUGUGUGAAAGAUGUGCAAUAACAAAGGUGUAUGUAUGUUUUGUUGUUUUGGAAACUGCACAGGAGUCAAAACAGGGAUGUUUCUGUUUUGGCAAAGGAGAGUUCCACAUUUUUGCCUUCAUGGCUUAUUCAGUAACCCAUAAUUUUAAUGCUACACAAAUCUUAUGUGAAGAAAAGACUGGUAUGAAAUCAUUUUUUCCUGGGUCUAAAAUAAUCACUAGUGUUAUGUCAAAGUUAAGCCCGCACGCCAGGCCCAGUUAAUGCUAGUCUUUCAUGUGAAAUGUGAAGCUGUCAUGUUGCCUUUUCUCUUAGUAGGAUAACUAGUAGCUGGUACAUAAUCACUGAGGAGCUAUUUCUUAACAUGCUUUUAUAGACCAUGCUAAUGCUAGACCAGUAUUUAAGGGCUAAUCUCACACCUCCUUAGCUGUAAGAGUCUGGCUUAGAACAGACCUCUCUGUGCAAUAACUUGUGGCCACUGGAAAUCCCUGGGCCGGCAUUUGUAUUGGGGUUGCAAUGACUCCCAAGGGCCAAAAGAGUUAAAGGCACGACUGGGAUUUCUUCUGAGACUGUGGUGAAACUCCUUCCAAGGCUGAGGGGGUCAUUAGGUGCUCUGGAGGGACUCGGCACCACUUGAUAUUCAACAGCCACUUGAGCCAAAUAUAAAAUUGUAUUUACAGCUGAUGGACUCAAUUUGAGCCUUCAAACUUGUAGUUAUCCUAUUAUAUUGUAAACUAAUACAUUGUCUAGCAUUGAUUUGGUUCCUGUGCAUAUGUAUUUUCACAAUGUGCUCCCCUCCCCAGAUCUUAAUUAAACCAGAUUUUGCAAUUCA